CUACGGAUAUUACAUAGUAAAGCGAGGCUUUGUUGUAUGCUGUGAAAUGUGUAGGCGUGAAUAGUUGAGAUGUGUUUGUUGUUAGUGGUGUUUGUGUGGUGGCCACCGUUUCUCAAAUGAAUAGAACUUUGGAAAUUUUCGUCUGAGUUUGGCGGGUAUUUUACAGAUAUGGUUCCGACUUGACAGCGAAACUGUGUGAACUGAGUUUAACAUGUUUAUAUUUCAGAAAUUGAAAGGAUCUUCUCGAUAAUGAAGUGUGUGUUGGAAAAGACACGAAAUUCUGGUUGAAUGUUUUCCUCGGGUCUGAGUUGUAACUUACCAUUUCCCAGCUGCCUGGGAUAUCCAACAGAAGCUGAAGAACUUAUUCCAAGGAUGGCUCGAGAGCCAGUCAUCUUGAAUGUUUAUGACAUGUAUUGGAUUAACGAGUAUACUACCCCUAUUGGCCUCGGUGUCUUCCAUUCUGGUGUCGAGAUAUAUGGGACUGAGUAUGCAUAUGGAGGGCACCCAUUUCCUAUAUCAGGAAUAUUUGAUAUCACUCCAAGGAAUGCAGAAGAGCUUGGAGAGCAAUUCCAGUUCAGACAAUCUGUUCAUAUAGGUAACACAGAUUUCACAGAUGAUGAAGUUAAGAGAAUAAUAGUAGAACUUGGGAAAGAUUUUCGUGGAGAUCGUUACCAUUUAAUGAACAAGAACUGCAAUCACUUCUCCGGCUCCUUCACUCAGAUUCUCUGUGGUCAAGAGAUACCAUCUUGGGUGAACCGACUGGCGUACUUCAGCUCGUGUGUUCCUUUUCUCCAGCGCUGCUUGCCUCGUGAAUGGUUAACACCCAUGGCAUUGCAGCAUUCUAUAAGUUCACAUCAGGAAAAUUCAUCAGAUACUUCAUUGUAACAUUGGUGAUAAAUAAGUUUCAGAUGGGAACUUGUUGUGGAAAGAAAAAAAGUAGGCCUAAAGAGAAUGGAAUGAUUAUAAAUACCGGUAUUACAAUUAAGUGUUCAAAGUACAAUACUGAGCUCAUUAUUCUGUCCAAUACAUAACAAAAUACAAAAUAUUAUUAACAGUCAGGUAGAGAUGAAACCUUAGCAUUUUUAGAGUUGGCAGGAAAUGUUCUGAUACUGUAUGAGGUAAAUUUUAUUGUACAUGGAAAACUAUGCAAGUUAAUGAGUAAGGUGCCCUGAAAAACUAGUAUAUAAGUUUGCAAUGACACAUCUUUAUUCAUAAAUUUCAAAUCUUUUAUGCAAGUUCUUCAACUAUUUUAUUUGCACAAAUUUAGUUUUUUUAUAUUGUAAGGUAAGAAUUGGAACUAUUAUGACUGAAAAAUGUUCUACACAGUGCUGAAGUAGGAGUAAUUUAAGGAACUAUUUAUUUUUUUAAGAUGAGUAAAAUUGCAGACAUUGUACUCAUCAUUUCUCGGAGGUUUAGAAGAACUAUUGUUUACCAAAAUGUUGGACAACUACAUACUGAGUAAGUGAUACGUAGCAUUUCAGUUACAUGAGUAAAUGGAAUAAUAGAUCAAGGUAAGAAAAUGAAGACCUAAGUGUUGAAAUGUCAUACGAGUGAGAGUUGAGGACUAAAAAAAAAAAUUUUCAGGGGAAAAUUUUACUGAAAUGUAUGGCACCUGUAAAUGAUGUAUGAUAAUUUACAUACAACCCAGAGUGGACAAUUUUCACAUCACUUAUCUGUGUUCAGGGAAGUAGUAAUGAUGAAAGUGACAAAUAAGUAAAACAUAAGACAUACCUGUCCCUUUCAUAAUUUCUUAAAGCAGUUUGAAUGGUGUUGUAUAGGACAACAGUAUGUACGUUGCAAAUAUGCCUUUGUUGUGAUAUAACAUACAGGUGUAUGUAUAUGGUCUCCCAGUAUGUGGUUGGCUUUUAGUUGCAACAUUAUUUUGCGUUUGGUUUUAUCAAAAGCCUUAAGCAGCAUUUAGUUAUUACUACCACAGUGCAUGCAAGUCGCCUGUCUUUGAUAUUCCAUAUUCUGCUGCUGCUGCUGCUGCCCAGUUUGAUUGAGGCUGCCAGAUGAAACAGUGUGUUCCCUCUUGGUCUCACACUGUACUCGGCAUAUAUUUUGAUGUCCCCAUUUCAAUAUUGAUCAUAAUUUGCCUUCUAUUUUUGUUGUUCUGCAUUUGUAUGCUGUGCUCCAGCCUUUAGUUUUAGUAUUGUAUCUUGACCACUUGGUACAAUUUUAGUGACUUUGGUUUCAACAUUGCAUGCGCACUCUCGCAUGCAUGCGCACACAUAUACACACUUUCACUAUACCACUCUAGUAUAUUCUUUCAUACUUCUCAUUUACGCACCGUAUGUUUCAGUCUCAAGUAGUUGGAACACUAUAGAUUUUUAAUUGUCAGCGAUCACUGUGCUUAAAGGCUCCCAGGAAUGAGAGGGUCACAAUAUACUGUGAAUGCAAUGAUUUGUGAAUAAGACCACUUCUAAUUUGUUUCCACCAAUAUCUCUUCAGUCCAACCUUCAGGUAACUGAUAGUUCAUUUAGUGGCUACAAUUGUUAUUUUUCUUACUGCUACUAGUAAUAUUAGUAUUUAUUGCAGCUUAUUUAAGCAGUUGUAUAUGCAUCCUGACAUGAUAUGUAGGUAGUAUUGACAGUAAGGAGAAUAGAAUUUCUUUGUAGAACUGUACGUAUCUGAUGCAUGCAUUUCUCUUAAUUCACAAAGACUUUAGAAGUACUUUGACAGUAGCUUGAUUUUUAUGUAUUCGGUACUUGUUCCAGUCGGUUAGUGAGGGUGCUAGGUGUAAUAUUUUGUGUGUGUGUGUGUGUGUGUGUGUGUGUGUGUGUGUGUGUGUGUGUGUAGAGAGAGAGAGAGAGAGAGAGAGAGAGAGAGAGAGAGAGAGAUGGUCUUGUAAGAUGGUGCUUUUAAUUGAUAGUUGGAUAUGUUAAACAUUACAAAAAUUGUGAAAAAUCUUCCGUGUGUGACAGAGAUGAGAUACGUUUCUGUUAUUGUUUCAAUUUAUCUUGCCAAAUAUAUAAAUUUAGAUGAUGGUGAUCAUCAUGAUCAUAAUUGAUUUACUGAGAAAUUUCUCUUCCUCUCAUGUGUUGUGGUGGCAUUGAGAACAAUAUUAAUAUUUUGUGAUUGUUUUUUCUACAAAUCUGGAAAGUGCGGAGAGUUGUGUGUAAGUCGUAUAAACAAACACAUUAUAAUGGAUUGAUUACACUAAAUUUCCAAUAAAAAUAUAUUUUUCUUCAGAUAAUGGAGUGUUUCAUAUUUAUGCAUUAGUAUGAAUGUGUUCAUUUUCAUUUAGUAUUAUUUAAAGAUGUAUAACGUACCUGUGUAAGGAGAAAGGUAAAAACUGUAGAUGAGUAUAUUUGUUAAUCUUUCCACUGAACUUUGACAUUUGUUUCUGUAAAAUUAUUUACUUUUAGGAAAUCAUGUUUUUAAUAAAAUACCUGCAAUGAUCUGAUACUUGUUUAACAUUAUUUCGUUCCUUUUCUAAGGUAUUGUACAAGCAUACUCUCAGCUUAAACAUUGAGAGGAUUUUCUGAAGCAAUCCUGUUACCUCAUAUAAGUUUUCUAAUCUCUUAAAAUCUGUUUUUCUUUUUUUAUAAAAGUUAAUCUUUAUAAUUUGAUUGUAUAGGUAAUUUAUUCAUUUGAGUAGAGAACACUUGACAUAGAAGAGUUGUCAAUUAUGAUAUAAUUGUAAAGCAUCUUUCUUUUAAUGAAGAGUUGAAGGCUGGAGUAUGUGUUUCGUGGUACCAAGUGCCAUUAUUUCUUCCACAAGAUAUUGGAAUUGGACUGCAAAAUGAUUAUUGUCAUUUCAUAAGAUGAUGCCUGUGAUUCAUUGUUAAUGGAAUUGUUGGAGUAUUAGUGGAAUUUUAAAUGUAUUAUUAAGUUACAGAUGACUUUUGAUACAUCUGUUAGCGUGUGUCAUUACAAAAAGAAAAAUCUGUUUCUUGUAUGUGAAUUCAUCUGUUGUUGUUGAAAUAAAUUGUUUACAAUGUA